UGCAAAACAAUUAGGUACUUCCCAAACAUUGAGACACUUCAUUUGUGGAAUAGAGAUGAAGAGAAUUUUGGCAAUGGAUUUAUGAUCAACACAGAAGAAAAUGAAGAUUGUGAAAAUGAAAAUAGUGAAAAUGAAGUUGUUUUAAAGAAAGAGUUUUAUCGAAUCAUUGUGUGGUUCAAUGUUGACUUUGAAACUGUUGACAGAAACAAAAAUCGAAACAUCGAGUUUAAAGAUGUUACUUACACUAAAAACGAUAGAGAGAAAUUUGGUAAUAAGAUACCAUUAAGUGUUACAUCAAUUGGUGAAUAUUGUUUCUGUGGAUGCAGAAGUCUAAGCAGUAUUACAAUACCACCAAGUGUAACAUCAAUCAGUGAUGAAUGUUUUGGAAAUUGCACCAAUCUCAUCAGUGUAACAAUACCAUCUCGUGUUAAAACACUUGGUGAUGGUUGUUUUAAUGGAUGCGAUAGUUUGAGCAGUGUUAUAAUACCAUUAAGUGUGAUAUCUAUUGGUAAUUUUUGUUUCUGUGAAUGCAGAAGUUUGAGCAGUAUUACAAUACCAUUAAGUGUGACAUUAAUUGGUGAUGGUUGUUGCAGAGGAUGCAUUAAUCUGACUAGUGUUACAAUACCAUUAAGUGUGACAUCUAUUGGUGAUGAAUGUUUCAGUUGGUGUUUUAGUUUGAGCAGUGUUAUAAUACCAUCAAGUGUGACAUCUAUUGGUGGUUAUUGUUUCAGUUGGUGUUUUAAUUUGAGCAGUGUUACAAUACCAUCAAGUGUGAGAUCAAUUGAUGGAAAAUGUUUCAAUGAAUGUAUUAAUUUGACUAAUGUUACAAUACCAUCAAGUGUAAAAUCAAUAAAAAGUCGAUUAAUUUUUCGAGGAAUUGAUAAAGUCCAAAUCGGAUGCAAGCGAAAGGGUCCUAAAGCCAGCCCUCCAUUCCCGCCCACCUCCUAUAAUGUGAAGUUUACUUUUAUAGUAGUAGAGGAAUUCCUUUGUAGAAACAUUAAUGAUAUAAUAUCACUUCAUGAGUGA